AUGUUCCGCUGCGGCUGCCGACUUAUGCGUGUUGUGGGAGGUUAUGAUGUGCCGGUACCUCAUGGAUUUGUAGUUGCAAAUGCACAGGAUGCCAAGUCUGUGGUAGCAGCCAUCGGUGCCCCGUCGGUCCUAAAAUCGCAGAUCCUGGCCGGGGGACGUGGUAAAGGAAAGUUCGACAGCGAUGGCAAGGGUGGUGUCCGAAUUGUGACGACUCCGAAGGAGGCCUUUGUGAAUGCCUCUGAAAUGCUUGGCCAUUACCUGACAGCCAAGCAGACGCCGCCCAACGGGCUUCUCGUGAAGAAACUCUACAUCUACAAGUAG